UGACAGUUCCAGAUGACCAAGUGAAGGCAGUUUACAGAUUGUCCCAAGAUCUUCGUAUACAUUCAGCAACAAGGGCGUGUGCGCAGUACUUGACCUCUUGUCUCGACCCUGACAAUUGUCUAGGAAUCCGUAUGUUUGUUGUUGACCCGGAGUUUCGGGAACAGGUGGAUCAGUAUAUAGCAUGUAAUAUAAGGGAGGUUACUAACAGUAAAAAGUUCUACGGGCUGAGCAGGAUUUCCUUGGAGAUAGUUGCACCAGAUGAGCACCAGGUGAACCGAGCCAGUAACGAGGAAAUAUUACCAAAGGUUCUGAGUUGGUUAAAGGAGAAAUUUCCCUCAUGUAAAAACAAAAUAGAGCCUCUGACUGAAGAUUUGAUCGUACUAUACUUGAAUUCUGACAACACUCUCACAGACUGUGAUGAGGUAGACGAUGAGGUCAUUCAGGACAAUGAAGUGGUACAAGACUACAAGAAAAUGACCAGACGUAAACAGAGUGGAAGGGUUGGUCAGAAAGAAGUAGCAAAUGUAUCACCCGAAGCUACCGGUACACCAAAUUAUAUGAAGUUUAAUAUCGAGCCAAAGCACCCUGUGCACGAACAGGAAUGGUCCAUCGUUGCAUCUUAUAAAACUAAAGAUCGAUCAUACAUGGCUAUAGCGAUGAUGAAUGGUAAUCUGGUGACUAUAUCGGUACAUUACCGGCCUGCCGUAUCAACCGGCAGUGGAAAUGAAGAACCCGGUUCUCCGGUGCACAACAGUAACAGCAGUAACAGUUUGUUUGAUAAGGAUGACGAUCAGGAAUCUUUGAAGGGUAUGUCUACCAACAGAUGUGCAUUUGGUCUGAAAGCUCUCGAUGGAAAACUGUUUGCUUGUGGGGGAUACGAUAGAGGGGAAUGCUUGAAGUCUUCUGAGGUGUACGACUUUGAUACUAACAUGUGGUCACUGCUAGGGGAAAUGAAGUCUGCCCGAGGGCGAUUCAGUAUUGCUCUUUACGAGGGGAAGAUCUAUGCAUGUGGCGGAUCUAACGGGAACCAUGAUAUGAAAACGGUAGAAUGUUACGAUCCGAGAGAAAACAAAUGGACGGUCGUUGCUGAGUCACCAAGAGGGAAAGCCUCUCCAGGUAUCACUGUUCUUCAAGGGAAGUUGUAUGUUCUUGGCGGCUGUAUUGGUCAAUCAACCGUGUCAGUCUGCGAGGUUCUUGACCUAGAAACAAAGGAGUGGAAGGCAAUUUCUUCUAUGAGAAUACCGAGAUUCCAGGUUGCUGUGACUGUAUUCAGAAACAAGAUAUAUGCUGUCGGUGGCACAAACGGUUGGAAAUGUCUGAAUGAAGUGGAGGUAUAUGACCCGCAGACGAAUGAGUGGUCUAUAACGUCGCAUCUGAACAUUGCUAGACGAGGGGCUGGUGUUGACGUUCAUAAAGGGAAAAUGUAUGUUGUUGGUGGCAACGAUGGUACAUCAGCCUUGAAUUCUACUGAAAUAUACGAUCCCGAGACCCAUACAUGGACACUGGGACCAACGCUCGUCACCCAUCGUGCAAAUUGCGGAGUUGCUGUUCUUGGGGAUAAGCUCUUCGCCACAGGAGGUUUCAAUGGCAAAAAGUUCUUGAAUUCAAUGGAAUUUCUCGAUCUGCGUAAAAGCGAAUAUUGGCGUAUGGACAUGCCUGGUUGUGAGGAAAAUGGAACAGAUGGUAUCCAUAAUCAAAACGGUACAAAUGGUAGUUGUAGCGACGACGGUUCCCAAAAUGGCGGCAUGUUCAUGGAAGCGGGCGACGUGAAUAGCAACGUGACCGAAGCAGUGAUCUCAGGAGAAAAGGGGAAGAAACAUGGCUCGGAAGUUAACGGGGACUUGAACCAAGAUACAAUGUCCGAUAUUAAAACAAAAUCAUAGCCAAGGUUUUCAGAUUUUCAGCUUAUUGUACUUUCAUGUUAAUGUUCAUUAUCCAUUUUUUUGUGAUUCAUAAUCUGUGCACUCCUUAAGAUUAGAAAAGGGGGUCACUCAUAAUUUUUUUUUUCAUGUAAAGAAUGCAUUGAUAUGUGGAAAUAUUAUUAUCUAUAUGUAUUACAGUAUACAUGAACCCUUAUAAUAACUGGGAAUUUAUUAUAGGCUAAGGCUAUGUUUCAAUUUUCUCUGCAUGCAAUUUUUGAUAAAAUGAUUGUAUAAAAUAAACAUACGCUGUUCAUAUUGGAAUGUCAUUGAGCCAUGUAUUUCUACAUACAUCAGUUUUAUGGUGUCACUAAGGUUGGGAAAAAAAAACUGUUUUCAAAACUUUUAUGUUUUAAUAAUAGUCUUGCUUUUUUUAAGCUCACCUGAGCACACAGUGCUUAAAGGUGAGCUAUUUGGAUCACUCAUUGUCCAAUAUCUGAGUU